GCCAGAAAAAGACAUCUCUUCUCGUCCUCCCAGGAGCGGCGAAAAUAAACUCCCAAGAAGCGAAGGCCGAAGAAGACGAUGACCACUAAGCUCUUGCCUCUCGUCGCCGCCCUCUCCAUCUCCUUCCUGCACGUAGCGAGCACGUUCAACUCCACCUCGUCGCGCUCCAGCUCCAGCAACCUCGAAGGCCUCCUCACCAAGCUGCCGCAAUGGCGGGAACACCUCCUGCUGGUCGAGCUCGACCCGUCCUCACGCGUCGGCGCCGCGUAUGGGCGCGGCCUCGGCCUGAGCACCGUACUCGCAUGGCUCCUCUCCUUCCUGGCCGCGUCCGUGUCGAGCGCCGGCGGCGUAGGUGGUGGGUCGCUGUUCCUCCCCAUCCUGAACCUCGUGGCGGGGCUCGGCCUCAAGCGCGCCACCGCCUACUCGUCCUUCAUGGUCACCGGCGGGGCCACAUCCAACGUGCUCCACAACCUCCUCUGCACGGGCGGCCGCGGCGGCCGGCGCUCCGCGGCGGCGCUGAUCGACUACGACAUCGCGCUGCUCUUCCAGCCGUGCCUGCUCCUGGGGGUGAGCAUCGGGGUGGUGUGCAACGUCAUGUUCCCGGAGUGGCUCAUCACCGCGCUCUUCGCGCUGUUCCUCGCCUUCUGCGCCGCCAAGACGUGCCGCGCCGGGCUCAAGAUCUGGAGCUCGGAGAGCCGCGUCGCCACCCAUCUCGCCGCCGCCGCCGCCGGCGAUGCCACCGCGCACGACCGCAAGGAGGAGCCCCUGCUGCUGCCGCGCGGCGCCGACGCCAUCUCCAGCGAUGGCGGCGCCGGAGCCGGCGACGCGGGGUUCCCGUGGAAGGACGUGGCGGUGCUUGUCAUGGUCUGGCUCUGCUUCUUCGUGCUCCACGUCUUCAUUGGAGAUAAGCACGGAAAGGGUAUGAUCAGGAUAAAACCCUGUGGAGUUGCAUACUGGUUGAUCACCCUGUCCCAGGUUCCUUUCGCUGUGGCUUUCACAGCCUAUAUUAUAUACGCGAAGAGGAAGAAACAAGUUGUGCACGACCAAGAAGAUGGCAAGACAAAUCCAGAGCGCAGUAAAAUGGAUACCUUGCCCACGCUUCUAUUCCCACUGGCUGCUUUUGUCACCGGUGCUCUGAGCGGCCUCUUUGGCAUUGGGGGAGGCCUACUUCUGAACCCUGUUCUUCUUCAGAUUGGAAUACCACCGCAGACUGCAGCAGCGACCUCUUCGUUCAUGGUCCUUUUCUGUGCAUCCAUGUCUAUGGUUCAGUUCAUCCUGCUAGGCAUGAAAGGCAUCGCAGAAGCAUCUGUUUAUGCAGGGAUCUGCUUUGUUGCUUCGGCUGUCGGGGCCGUGGUGAUUGAGCAAGCCAUCAAGAAGUCCGGACGGGUGUCGCUGAUCGUGUUCUUGGUAACUGGCAUCAUGGCGCUCAGCACUGUGAUUGUCACCUUCUUUGGAGCAUUGGAUGUAUGGUCGCAGUACACUACUGGAGCUUACAUGGGCUUCAAGAUGCCUUGCUGAAUGCUGACAUUGUCACACAGAAAAAACAUCGAGUAAUAGGUUUAUCUUUUAAUCUACCAGGAUCCAGUUUUGGCACCUCCAACCACCAGCAAGUACAAUCAACUGUCUGCUGGGUAGGCGAAUUUCAUGUCAACGCAUUUCACAUCCUCCGAUUUAGAGUAUCCUUACUAGUAGUGGUGGUCCCAUGAUUUUUAGGUUGAGUAUUUGAAAUGAGAACGGGUAGAAAUGUUUUUUAUAACAACAAAACAUAAUAUUUUUACAAUGUAUAAUAUCGUAUUGCUCUACACUAAUAGUUGUUUAAUAUAUAGCAUAUAUAACACAUAAUUGAGCAUAUUUUCACAUAUUCAUAAAAUUGAGCAUAAAUUAAAAUUGCUUAACAUAGGGAAGCACUAAAAUACACUAUUUGACAAUUGUUGAACAUAUCAAAUAUAUAGUCUAGAAAAUAGCAAAAUGAUAAGAAAUCAUAUAGUUUAGAGAAGAACUUUUCCAUUCUGUAUAUUUGAAAUAAGUGAUGAUGUCCUCACCCUAAGUUGUAAGAAGAAUUUUUUUCAAUGAGAUUAAGGGUAUGUUUGGUUGGUGCCUUUGAUGGCAUGUCUCGUAAAUUUGCACGCCUGACUAGCAUAGAAGUAGGUAUGCAUUGCCUGGGCAGGUAGCCUGAUGUUGGAAGACAACCCGAAAUUAGUGCUAUUGUAUGGACAAAAUUGAACAGGAGUUGAAAGACACCCUAGGAAAGUGUAUUGGUUGUUUUGUUGGGCUAAUUGAGGCAUCUUUUCCUUUUCUUUUUCCUAACAU